AUGUGUGCAAAUUGCAUGGUAGAAGUUGAAGAUGACAGCCCAGAGACGGUCGUCCAGAAAGCCAUCAGAAGAGUGGAAAGAACAGAUGCUGGCCUGAGUCGACAGCGAUGGGAGAGAGGGGUGGCCAUUUCCAACGACGAAGGCCAAGAAUCUCCCCACAGUUCUAAAGUCAGGACUCAAAGGUCCACGAGAUCAGGACCAGUCUCCCAAGUCCUCCAAUCGGUACAGAUUGGUCACGAUGGCAUUGCUGAUCAUACCUUGAGCCAUGCUCCUUGCACUGUGCCUUUGGAUUCGACCAUUUAUGUCAGCAUCAAAGACCCCAUUGGUCUUUCAGCUUUCAAGCCAAGCCCUACGAAGCCGAUUCCGCAGCGAAUGCUUCCCCCUUGGAAGAUGCUUCCAAGCCAGCUAGCGACUUCUAGAGAAGUGAAUCGUCGCCCUCACCCAAUAUUGGAUGACCAACUCGGAGUCACGAUGCUGGACAAAUUCCCGAGCCCCAUCAUCGAAGAAUCAGAGACAAUUUGUCCCACGGCCAUACAAACACCUACUCGUGUUCUUUCGCCGCAAGAUCAAGAGAAAGGAGUAGACAGGGCCCCAGAAACUGAGCAGAAAUCAACCAAGAGCUCCAAAAUUGUAAACAGUCCUCCAAUCAUGAUUCCUCAGGCCCGUGGGUUAUCUUUCGUAAGCACGGAAUCUCUACAAAGACCAUCUAAUGUCAGCCGAAAAAGUACUGGCGACUCCAAAUCUUCACAGGGGAGCGACCUUAUUUCUACACCCGCUUCGCCUCAUCCGAUUCUUUCACGAAGCUCAAGCAUCAAGCCAAAAGUUCCAUUGAUUUCCAACUCGCAUAGUCAGUGCGCCGCGGUGACUCCAGAGAGGUCUAGUCCAAGCCUAUCCUACGCACAUUUACGAACGCCCUCGCCGUUUUCUCAAGUUACUGCAUAUAUGAAAACCAAGACCGCCAGAACGUCGCUGCCUCGAAUCAAGGAUGGACCUGAGUUCCAAAAGUCAGAAAGGUCCGAAGUCAGCAACCAGCGGAUAAACACGGCUAGUUUAGCUGUAGCUGGACGUGGAAGAGUGAAGCGCAUUGGUCAUUGGCAGCAACAACAGCAACAACUAUCCAACUCUCCAACUAUGGAAGAAGCAUCUCAAGGAGCAAGGUUUGUUCAGACUCGAGGAGACCUCAAACGAAACAUUGCACAAGGGGACUUGUGGACGAUAUUUGGCGCAGGACAGAGUAAUGGCAAAUGA